GCUCUGCACAAUGUGAAGGCUGAGCACUUGUUUUGCAGGUUUUUUGCCCAUUAUUGUGUUCUUUUUUUCUUCUUAAAGGUAUAGGCUGCGUCCUCCCUUUGAUGCAUCUACAUGUUAUAACCUGAUAGAGCCGGAAGCUCAGUUUCAGAAGGCCUGCAGUGAUUUCCUCUGCUGUUGGUGUUUCCCAUCUUUAUCAAAAGGAAUAAGAUGGAAAAAACGUUCUUCGCCACCAACCAUCAAAUUCUUCCAUUAAACACGGACAGAUAUUCUUCUUGAUAUUACCCCCUGUGGAUGACCAGAUGGCUCGUAAAAGGGCGAUCUUCAUCACCUUGCUGAUUUUUCCCGCUUUGCUCAUGUUAGGGUUGUUCAUCAAGAUGCAGGGCUAUGAAAUAUGGUACUAUUGUCUUACCUGCACCGACAACUAUAUGGUCUAUAGUUAUGACUACAGUAUUAAAACCUUCAUGAAACUUCCCGAAGUAGACUGCAAAGAAACACCACCAUUCUUGGUUCUUCUGGUCACCACCACACAAGACCAGAAAGAAGCUCGUGAUGCCAUUCGAAAAACGUGGGGCAUGGAAAGACUGAUCGAUGGGAAGAGGGUGGUUAGUUAUUUUCUUCUGGGCUCAAAGGAAAAUGAAAGUGCAAAGGAGAAGGUCAACCUGGCCCAAGAAAGCGUCAUGUACAAUGACAUCAUCCAACGCAACUUCGUAGACACAUAUUACAACUUGACCAUUAAAACCUUAACGGGCAUCGACUGGAUUUCGAACCAUUGCCCUCAGGCUUCGUACAUCAUGAAGACGGACUCGGAUAUGUUCGUCAAUACAUUUUAUCUAGUUGAACUUCUUCUGAGGAAAAAUCAAACUUCUAACUUCUUCACGGGUUUUCUAAAGCCGGAUGAUGGUCCUAUCCGCAUGAGGUUCAGUAAAUGGUACAUAAGUAAAAAUGAGUACGUGAAGGAGAAGUAUCCACCGUUCUGUUCGGGGACAGGCUACGUGUUCUCCAUGGAUGUGGCACAGAAGAUCUACAUCAUAUCGACAAGAAUGCCCUUCUUCAAACUUGAGGAUGUGUAUGUCGGCAUGUGCCUGGAACAACUGAAGAUCCAGUUGCAAGAACUUCAUAGCGAGCCAACAUUCUUUGCAACAAAACUCCCAUUCUCGGUAUGCACGUACAAAAGACUUGUGACUUCCCAUGAGGUAACGCCUGAAGAAAUGUUGACGUAUUGGGAGGCAUUACAGAGAUCUGAAGUACUCUGCUAGUGAACAGUAUUUUUUCUGAUGAGAGUUUUUCCACCUCAGGGUAGACACAGGACAAAGAAUUCAGGCUUUAGUGCCUUUACUGUUUAGUGCCUUUACUGGUUUCUUGAAGUUGCGCUUCAGUCAUCUUACAAUAUUACAUAGGUGACUCCCCUGAAGAAGAUUAAAGAGGUUGUCUCAUCUCAGACAUUGGUAGCAUAUUGCCAGGAAAUGUCACCAAUGUCAGAUAGGUUGGACUGGUCCACCAGAAUAUCCUUUGGUGGCCCGAAGUUUUGAUACCAUAGAGAGCCCCAAAGGUC